AUGGGGUCCUUACCCAGCGUUACGAUCCGCCGCAGUUCAACGCAGUUCAACGUCGCCGGAGUAGAACACGACUCGUGUGCAGAAACACUUCUGCCCCGCGCGGAGGCGGGCCGGAGACCUAAGUCAGACGAGAGAAGGAAUGGGAAGGCAGCUAGGUUAUGGGUCAGCGUGUUAUUCCUGCACAGCGCAUGUCAACCAAAGGAUAUACCGAUCAAACAACCGCUGCAACAGCGAAAAGAUGUGACGCCCUUCGGCCAAAAAGCAAACUACGAUUAUCUAGAUCAGGUUGGUGGCAACGCUAUUCAUGACGGAGCCGCCUUUUUCUCUGGCCAGACAAAUGAGCUCGCUGAUGACGAGUGGGUGGGCAUUUAUUCUAUAAAGAAGGGUCAGACAGAGGCCAGAAAGGAGGCUAGAAAAGAGGGCAAACUUAAUGGAAAGCGACCAAUAAUUUAUUCAUGGAUGUAA